GUUACCAUAUCUAAACAUGAGUGAUUUUUGUCCAGUACCGGAAGUUGGCAAACAUGGGGAAUUCCUGCAGAAAGUGGUGGAUAUGAUGUUCAAGAAUAUAGUUUUCACUACUAGACAAGACAAGGUGUUGCUCUGGCAGACUCCCCAAGAGUUGGAAAAUCAGUUUGAUUUUGCUUUGAAGCAGAAUGGGGAGUCGCAUGAAAAACUUAUGAUUCUGCUGAAAGACACCAUCAAGUUCAGCGUAAAAACUGGGCAUCCUUAUUUCAUAAAUCAGUUGUUCUCUGGUCUGGACCCCUACGGCCUGGCCGGCCAGUGGCUGACCGACUCGCUCAACGCCAGCGUAUACACGUACGAAGUGGCCCCCGUUUUCAGCCUGAUGGAGAGGCACGUGAUGAGCGAAUUGGGGCGCAUGGUGGGGCCCGGCUGGGGGGACGGUCUGUUCUGCCCGGGAGGCUCCUUUGCCAAUGGGGUGUCGGCCAACCUGGCGCGGUACCGCCGCUAUCCCGAGGUCAAGCGUAAGGGAACGCAUCACUUGCCUAAAUUGGUCAUACUAACUUCAGAGGAAUGUCACUAUUCCGUACAUAAAUUCGCUGCAUUCAUAGGAUUGGGAGAAGAGAAUGUAUGCAAAAUUCGCACCGACUCAAUCGGAAGGAUAAUCCCCUCCGACUUGAAACAUAAUAUCGAAAAACAGAUGGAUGAAGGAUCAGUUCCCAUUAUGGUGGUAGCUACAUUAGGAACAACUGUUCGUGGAGCAUUCGACCCGAUCAACGAAAUAGCAGACAUCUGCAAAUCUCAUGGCUUGUGGCUCCAUAUAGACGCAGCUUGGGGUGGCGGUUUGAUCUUCUCCCAGAAGCACAGAGCCAAACUCAACGGCAUAGAGAGGGCAGACUCCAUAGUGAUCAACCCUCACAAACUCUUGGCGGUGCCUCAGCAGUGUUCCAUUCUGCUGGUCAAAGACCCUCGCAUUCUUUACGAGUGUCACUCGAAGGGUGCAGAGUACCUCUUCCAAAAGGACAAGCAUUACGAUAGGGAGUACGAUCUUGGGGACAAGUACUUGCAGUGUGGAAGGAAGUGCGAUGUGUUCAAAUUCUGGUUCAUGUGGAGAGCUAAGGGAUCGUCGGGCUUUGCGAAUCACAUCGAUACGUUAAUGGAUCUGGCAGAUUAUUUCGAAGAGCAAGUAAAUAACAGACCGGAAUUCAUGCUGGUUUCUGAAAGACAGUAUAUGAACGUGUGUUUCUGGUAUUUGCCAAGAUAUUUGAGAGGAAGGACAAAUAUUUUGGAAUACGCUCUGCAGCUACAGAAGGUCGCUCCACAAAUCCGUGCUAUAAUGGUGAGGCAUGGGUCAGUGAUGCUAGGAUAUCAGCCAUUGAAAGAGUUGCCAAAUUUCUUCAGAUUCGUCUCUCAGAACUCAGCUCUCACGAAACUGGACAUCGAUUUUAUUCUGGAUCACAUAUCUGGGAUUGGGGAUGCCAUUUUUCAAUAACGAAUUUCGAACAACCCUUAUUCACAAUUUAUUUUCUGUUUCUUUGUUUCAACUAUCAUUGAUGAGUACAAUGCUGAAUCAAGAUUUUUCAUGAAUUAUAUAUGCUUAGCACAAAAAAAUGCCAUCAGCUUCAAAAUCUUUAUUCUCAAUUUCGUCGUCAUUACCGUCACCUGGUGGCAUCUCUGAUAACUUUCAAGAAAAUCUAUUAAGUGGGAUUCAGCAGUAAAUAGUUCACUCACUCUUUCUCAGCUGCAACGACCUCUUGGAAGUCGUAAGUUCGAUCGAUAACUACUAGAUGGCGUUGAAUACAGAUCUAGUACAAUAAGAUAUUUAUUUUAUGCUAGUACUUUUUCAACUCCAAAUACAGACUAUUUAGAUAAAGCAUAGAUCAUAGAUGAUAGGUAUAUCCUCAGACGAAUGAAAGAAAAUCCAUACCCACUGAAUCUAUGUUCAUACAAUACAGUAUUUCAGACUUUGGAUUGAUAAAUGUAAUAGGUUAUGGAAAACGAUAAAAACAAGUAGAAAUGAAAUAACCUUUAGUCGAAAAUGAAAAAUUUCGAGAAAUAAUGAAUUCCAAACUUUACCUGAAAAUGUUGUAGAGCAUUGCUCGAAAUUUGAGUUGCCUCUUGAACACAUCAAUUUGAAGACGAUUUAAUGUCUCCACUAAGAUUAUUAUCUAUAGUACAUGGAAUGAUUCUGUGAUACUGAUAAUCUACUACGAGAUGGAUGUUAUUGAUUACAAUUCCUAGUGAAAUGAUCAUGAAUUCGUUCAUUUUUGGGUAUACUUGAUUAUUCCUAAAAAUAUAUUAAAGUUAUAUAGAUAUACGAACUGGGCAUUCUUAAAAUAUUAUAAUGAAUAAUGAAUUAUGGCCUGCAAUAAUCUUUGGAAGAUGCACCUGUCAUAAUUCUUAUUGCUCUUUUCUGUAUAAUGAAUGAGAUAAACCCGAUUGUUCAAGACCAUAAGCUAUGACAGAUUGUAUCGAACUAUGCUAUAGAAGUUUGAGAACAUCGAAAGAAACUAUAGCUGUUUGUCUCAAUUGACGAAGUAGAUAUAUGUUUACUAAGCAUUAGUUCAACACUAUCAAUAUGAUUAUUCCAGGUUAGCUUAUCAUCAAUAUUGACCCCCAAAAUU